GAGGGAGGCGAGAAGAUGGCGGAAGCGGAGUGAGCGGCUUGUCCGAGCAGGCUGGACGAACACUGCUCAGCUAUGGAGAAUGAGCCAAGCACAACAACAUCUUCUGCAUCCACAACCACCAUUACUACCACCUCCACGUCCCGGACACAGCUCCCACAGAUAUCUGUCUACAGUGGCUCUGACAGGCAUGCUGUCCAGGUUAUUCAGCAGGCCUUGCAUCGUCCUCCUAGCUCAGCUGCUCAGUACCUCCAGCAGAUGUAUGCAGCCCAGCAGCAGCAUCUAAUGCUGCAGACUGCUGCUUUGCAGCAGCAGCACUUAAGCAGUACCCAAUUUCAGAGUCUGGCAACUGUACCACAGGCAAGCCUGUCAGGUGGGAGGCAAUGUACUUCCCCCACUGGGAGUGUCACUCAGCAGUCAAGCAUGUCGCAGACCUCGAUUAACCUCUCCACCUCUCCUACACCUGCACAGAUAAUAAGCCGUUCACAGACCUCCAACACCACCAGCAGCAGUAUUACCCAGCAGACUAUGUUGCUAGGGAGUACCUCUCCAACCCUGAGUGCAAGCCAGGCUCAGAUGUAUCUCCGAGCACAAAUGCUAAUUUUUACCCCUGCUACCACUGUGGCUGCUGUCCAGUCUGACAUUCCCGUUGUCUCAUCAUCAUCUUCAUCUUCCUGCCAGUCUGCAGCUACUCAGGUUCAGAACUUGACGUUGCGCAGUCAGAAGUUGGGUGUAUUGUCAAGUUCACAGAACGGUCCACCAAAAAGCAGCAGUCAAACUCAGUCGUUGUCUUUGUGUGCUAAUAAACCUGUAACCAGCACCAAAGGCAACCAACCAGAAUCCUCAGAAAGCAAUAGAAAAGGUGAUAGCCCAACGCCAGAGUGUCGGAGUACACCAGUCACACGGACAUCAAGCAUACAUCAGUUAAUAACACCAGCUUCGUAUUCUCCAUUACAACCCCAUUCUCUAGUAAAACAUCAGCAGAUCCCACUUCAUUCACCACCUUCCAAAAUUUCCCAUCAUCAACUGAUACUGCAACAGCAGCAGCAAGUCCAGCCAAUCACACUUCAGGCUCCUUCUGGUCAGGAGCCCCCUCCAUCACAACACUGUCUACCACUCCCAAGUCAUAGUCUUCCUCCGGCUCCUAGCAGUGUGCAGUCUCAUUGCUCACCUAUUCACAUCCAUCCUCCUCCUCUAACACUAUCUCCCACUCCAUCUCAGUCAGCUCAGCAGUCAGUAGUGGUAUCCCCUCCACCUACUCACUCCCCUAGUCAGUCACCCACAAUAAUUAUUCAUCCUCAAGCACUUAUCCAGUCACAGGCAAACUCCCUUGUGCCAGCAGCUCUUCAGGCAGAGCAGUCUGCCCCUCAGCAAACUACUACCAGUCCAGUGCGACCCAUUGCACAGCCACUUAAUCUUCCGUCGCACCUCCCACUUCCACCUUCCCCUGCUGUACACAUAGGAUCAGUAGAUCAGCCCAGUUUGGUUUCCCCGGGCCAGCAGAUAGUGACCUCCACACCACAUCAGCAAUAUUCAGCCUUGCAGUCCACACCUAUCCCUCUUGCAGCUCCUCCACAGCUGUCAACAUCUUCAACCCAGAUACAACAACUGCCAUUGCAAUCUGUACAGUCUUUACAAGUGCAGCCUGAAAUUCUAUCUCAGGGCCAAGUUUUGGUUCAAAACACUUUGGUUUCUGAGGAGGAACUUCCUGCUGCAGAAGCUUUGGUCCAGCUGCCAUUUCAAACUCUUCCACCACCACAGACUGUUGCAGUAAAUCUUCAAGUUCAGCCAUCAGUACCAAUUGAAACUCCAGUGAUUUACCAAGUGGAGAAUGUAUGUGAAGAAGAGAUGCCUGAAGAGUCUGAUUGUGUCAAUAUGGUUAGAACACCUACGCCACCGACCUUGUCUCCACCAGCAAUAACCUUGGGGAAUGGAGAUGCACUUAAUUCAGAAGAGCCUUUGUCGGACCACGCGGGACUACCUUCAGUGACAUCAUCAGUCAGUGCCUCAGUAAUUAAAUCUCCAUCUGAUCCUUCGCAUGCCUCUAUCCCACCACCACCUCUUUUGCUUCCAGCUGCAACAACAAGGAGUAGCAGUACAUCAAUGCCCAAUAGCAUUCCUAGUCUAGAAAAUAAACCUCCACAGGCUAUUGUUAAACCACAGAUCCUGACUCAUGUUAUUGAAGGCUUUGUGAUUCAAGAGGGGUUGGAACCAUUUCCUGUAAGUCGUUCAUCUUUGCUGGUAGAACAGCCUGCAGAAAAAAGAUUGCUAGUGGAGGGUCAAAUCAUGAGUGUUAUGUGUGUUGAAUCAGACUUGCAGAAUACAAAACAUGCAGACAACUCAUCGGACACAGAGAUAGAGGAUAUGAUUGCAGAAGAGGGCCUGGAUGAAAUUGAAAAUGAACUCCUGAAAUGUGAAUUUUGUGGAAAAAUGGGAUAUCCUAACAAGUUUCUACGAUCAAAACGGUUCUGUUCUACAUCCUGUGCUAAAAGGCACAGCCUUAGUUGCACUAAGAAAUUUGGGCUGUUUGCAUCAGACAAGACCAAUCGUUGGAAUCGGAAAUCAGAUAGCCAAAGUCUUGGGCGACGCGGGCGUCGACCGAGUGGCCCUGAUGGGGCACCACGAGAUCAUUUUCUUAGACAGCUUCCAAUUACUUAUCCGUCUGCAGAAGAAGACGUGGCUUCUCAUGAAGAUGCUGUUCCAACUGCGAUGACCACCCGUCUGCGAAGACAGAGUGAGAGGGAGAGAGAACGUGAACUUAGGGAACUAAGAAUGAGGAAAAUGCCAGAGAGCAUUAACUUGUUACCAGUGGUGCAGUCAGACCCUUCGGUAUGGACUGUUGAUGAAGUUUGGGCGUUUAUACAUUCUUUGCCUGGUUGUCAAGAUAUUGCAGACGAAUUUAGAGCACAAGAAAUUGAUGGACAAGCUCUCCUCUUGUUGAAGGAGGAUCACCUUAUGAGUGCAAUGAAUAUUAAGCUUGGACCUGCAUUAAAAAUUUGUGCACGUAUCAAUUCACUGAAAGAAUCAUAGGGGUUGAACAAUGAAGGUUUAAGCAAGUUACUCUGUGACUAAACCAGCAGUAAUAUGCCAGUGACUUCAGCAUGGCAUGAGUGUUACUGUGAUGUUUUGUUGAACAUCUGGGGUUUUCCCCACACAGACUUAAAGAAAAUAUUCUGCUGAUUAUAUCAUGUAGUUCUUUGCAGUUUCCAGCAAUUAAUAAGUUCAUGGUGAAGCCUGAAUAAUGCACUGAGUUAAAGUGGGAGUUCAUGGGAAAACAUGAAGUGUAAUAUUCUGUUAAAUAUUCCCCAAUAUGUACUUGUAAGUUUAAGAUCAACACCCCAGCACCCUCAUAACCUAAACACCAUUUACAUUUUCUUGCUGUAUUGUCAAUUAUGACUCUUCCCAUAUACAGCAGUUUUUGGACUGAAAUAACUGAGUGUCCACAGACCCCGUGGAAGCACUAAUAAUGGUAAAAUGCUAUGCAUUUAGUUGUGCUCUCCAAAUCUCUUUUAGUCUUGGGCAAAUUGUUUGUAUAGAGUAGGUUGGCAGCCUGUUUUUCUUGUAUAGACUUACCCUCAUCUCUGCCACUGUAGUAUUUUCUUUGUUUGGAAAUACUAUAAGCCAUGUAGACGUCUCAUUAAAGUCCUAACUAUCAGGCUACUGAAAUGCAAUGGCAUUACACUCUUGCCAGAGCUAACUGAAGCACAUAUAUUACUUUACUCCUUGUAUGCUGCUGUGCACUAAGAGGGCAUUAAGAUAUUAGGUUUCUAGUUCUGCAUACUGCUAGUUAAACUGGACCAGCAGUUCUCAAAUGCAGAUCCUGGUGUGAGAACACUCAGGUCAGGUUCCCAGUGCCUAGGCAUGAGUGGUUUAGUUAGUUCUGGCUGCAAGUUAUGCUGAGAGGAGUCUACCCUAAAGACUGGUGGUUGAGAGAAAGGAUGGCAUAUCUCACAGCCUCUUUUUCCUGUUACCAUUUCGUCUUCUAACUUGUCUUUCCUUGUAGUGCAUUCCCAUUGCCUCACUGGAAGCUUCCAAGCACCUCUUUGUCCACUGACUAGUGUGAGCUGGGCUUGCUGCAGCCCAAGGAAGGAACAUGAUGAGGAACUCUGUGUAGGAGCAGCUGCCAUGGCAGUGGAAGGAGCCUAUAGCUGUAGGUGAGCAGGAAGAAUGUACCCCUUCUAGGCAGCACUGGGAAAAAUCUCUAGGGCCCUGUUUGUACUUCUGGCAGGAGAUACUGGCUCGAAUGCUUCAGACCGUGGCAGUGAGAUCAGUGUCUCUUUCUUCACUCUCUUAUGUUUUAUAUGGAACAAAUGUUUCCCCACUUACUGACACCCUCAGAGAUGGGCUCUGAGGCAGCAGCACCUUCUCAAUCUUUGCUUCCCCAUUACCUGUGUAAAGAUGCUGUUAGAGAAAUUUUGCACCUUCUGUUCCUUUCCUCUUGCAGCUCCAUUUCCCUUAUGUACAGGCCUAGCUCCCUAAGCUCUCCUAGGGGGAAGGAAGGGCAUGUGUGCUGAUAGAAUUACCGUGUAUAUAUUGGAAUAUGUGUAUGUGUCUGCAAACAAUGUAUUUUGUAUUUUAUGCAAUUUGAUGCAUAAUAAAUGAGUGUGUAGGGUCUGCCUAAAUAUUUCCCUAAGUAUUCCUGAAAAGAAAAAUUGAUCUAAAAUUUGAGAACUGCUGUCCUAGAUCAAAAGGGAUCAAUGCACAUUUACUGGCUGAAAGGAAGGUUUGUGACAGUUGGACUAAUGUGUGUAAUAUUCAACUGAUGACCUUAAAGAGUCCAUUAGGAUUGCAGAAAAAGUUGUGCUUCAUUUGCCUUUAAUUAGAUUAUUUUUUCUUUCUUUUAAGAGACCUUCUACCAUUAUAUUCCAGAGAUCAACAUGAGCAUUGAUUCUUUUAAUUACAGCCACUUGAGCUUUCUGAUAGCGGAUGUUAUUAAUUUUUAUCAACCACUGAAACUCCAAGUUAGGACAAGCCAUUGCUGUUACGUGCUAAUUUAUGGUGAGAGCCCUAAUCCAAAUGGCGUAAAGGCUUUGGAGAAUUAAUUGAUGUCUGGGUUUGUUUUGGAGGAAAGUUGCUAGGCACUUUCUAGUUUGUUUGGGCUUUUUUUCUGUCUUCAGUUACUGUUGUCAAAUAAACUUAAUUGUGAAGGUUCGGUGUUUGGCAAUGUUCAUUUGAAAGAUUCUCAGAUGAUGGAGACAGUAGGUUCCCAUUUGUAGCAUUUCUGUAAGAUAUGCCAUGUAGCAUAUUUGUAACAUAAGUUUUAAAGAAUAUGUUCUGUUUUAAUGAGCUAAUUGAAGACUGAAGAUAUCUUAGAUAUUUAUCUUUUGGCUCCUGUCUAAAAGUUUUAUUAUUUUUAUACAGAAAUGUCACUGGCUAACUUUUAACCUGUCUUCUGAUUGUACUGUUCUUUGGCGAUGUAAAAAGUAGGUGUACUUCGCUGCGAACUGAUAAUAGCUUGAGGCAUAUUUAAAAAUGUGGACUUAUGUUGUGAGUCCUAUUUAGACCUGCAGUUAAUCAGCGUUAUGUGCAUGAGACUUCCACGAUUGUUUUAAUUUUUGUUUUAUGAGACAGCUUCCAGGAGGACUGCAGCUAGUGUUUAUGCACAACUCUUGCUAAUCACUGACAGAUGCCAGGAGCCCAUUGCAGACAUGAUGAAUGCACGUCUGCUCUGGUUCUUCUGGUGCACUAUGUCUUCUCUGGUUUUGGGAGAGCCAUAGGUAAUGAGUUAUGCUUUAAGUAUUCAUGAACACAAGUAAGAAUGUGGGCCUUAUGUGUAUUGGAAGGUUUUUCGUUCACCUAUUUUGGCAUUACUUGGGACUUUAAAUCAGAUACAGCUAUAAUAACUUACCCUGAUAGAGCAGCACACAUAUUAGAGUUUGCCAGUAUUGCUGUGCCAUUAAAAUCAGUUUUUAAAACAUCAUGCCUGUACGCACAAACUUUCAAGUGCAACUAAAGUCUAUUUCAGAGACUUUGGAAUUUACUCAAAAGAACAACAAAAAAAAUACUUGCAGCAAUAUUCCUCUAGAACAACUUUGCAUACCACUUGCUUCUGCUUCUGUUCAGGUCAGACAGAUUUUCCCAGGCUUAUGAUACCAUUUUGCAUAGCUUUCCCCACAAAUUAAGUUUGACCCUCUUUCAGAAGAGAAAGUCUUGCUGAUUUUAAUUGAUUUAUUAAGGUGCUUCCAUCACACCCGAUGUGUAUGCUACAAAUCCUUUUCAUUUGUUUUAUUUCAGGGGAUUUUGUAUUCUGUGUUCAGAUUGCUGUUGUGGGCUAUAUCUCACAGUAAUUCCUGCAAUAUUUCUGUUCCUGUAGAAAAGAAUGGAGAUCGCUGUAGGAUCUUAGCUAGAGGUGGAGAUGUGUUCGAUGGCUUUUUCCCUUUUUCUCCAUCAGCUUCCAUCCUACUUUACUUGCUAAUUGAAAGAGCAGCAUUAGCUCAGGGCAGCCUUCUCAGAGCACUGAACUGAACCUGACUAUCAAGCUUUCUUCCAAUAGAAUUACAACAAUUACACUCGUCUCAGAUUCAUAGUGUGUUUUGUGUUUUAAAGAAAUGCACCCGGAUGGUUGAAAUGGGUAUGCAGAUUGCCCCACUCAUCUGGCUCCUAUCACUCAGCAGCCCUGCUUUGCAAUAGGAACAGAGUGCUCCAGUGAGGAAGCUCAGCCAUCUCCAGUGACUGAGUGCUCUGGGAGCUUAAGGCUGCUGCUUGUUCACGCUGGGGCUUGCCAACGAACUGCCAAUUUCUCCCAGCAAACCUGGCCCGUGCCUCACAUUUGGCAUAUUUGUAAGAUUUUAUCACCUUCCUUAUAGAGAGAACAAAAAAACAACAGAAAAAAUCAUCUUGUUGAUUUAAACUCAGUUGGAUUGGAUCACAAGAAUGAGAGUUUUUAAACAGACUACAUUGCAAGUCCAUUACAUUCAUUAAUCCUUGUCAUUUUUUUCAGAAAAGAUGGAAAGUAAAACCCUUGUUACACUUCAGUCAGUAUGAUUACUCAAAUAGGCUGAUGUCCUGCAAUCAUCCAUUUCCUCAUUUCUUCCCUGCAAUUGUAGUUUUCUCUUCUAAUAACUUCUUGGUUAAACCACAAGUUAGAAUCCAGCCUUUUGGGUAGCACAGAGAGUCCUUCAUAACUGCAGAUGUGUCAACAAGAGAAAAGAAAUGUGAACAAAUAAGUAUUUGAGCAGACUUACAGUAGCUUUGGAUCACUUCUUCAUCUUGAUCUUAGCUGAAAGCAAAUGUUCAGGUGUUGCUUAACUGUAGUUUGAGCAGAAGUGUGUGUAGUAUGGAGACUUUGGUAGCUGUAGCAUGCCACUGCAUGACAUACUGUUCCACUUGCUGCCUGUUACAGAUGACUGCUCUCAUCACAAUAUCAGUGCAGAAACUUACAGCUCAAUAAUAACUUAAGAGAUUUCUUACACAUUAACAACUGUAUAGCUCUGGGCCAUCAAAGAAUGCAGUGACAGCCGAGCUGUGAGUCUGAGUUUUACAAAUAAAUAGGCAUCCACAUAAUUUAUAACACAAGUAGUUCUGCUGAUUUGAUUGAGACUAUUCAUGUCAAAAUCGUGUAUAUAAAAGCUUGCAGGGUUAUUUUCUCUUACCAGUAUGGCAUAGAGAGUUAGCAUACCUUUAGCUAUAAAGUCAUCUAACCAGAUUUCUAAUUGUCAGUAGUUCAAGGAUGCAGACAAUGACUCUGCAAAAGAAUCCUUUUAGGAUGCUUUUUUUUUUUUUCCCAGCUUUCCCCAAACUUAGUUUACUAGAGAUGGAGAGAAAAGACCAUCUUACGGUGUAUUUAAACCAAAACACAUUUUCUGUUGAAUGCUGGGUGGGACAGGGAUGGACAGAGCUAAACAUGGAGGAGCUCUGUCAUGUGCCAUUUCUUCUCCAUAUAGAUUUAUGAAUGUGCUUUUUGCACUUUUGGGUCUCAGCUGUGUUGGCUGGAGGAUUUUGUGUCAUGCUUGUCUCCUGGGUCUCGUGGUCAGCACUUUCACAUAUAUUGAAGGCCCCACCCUAAGCUGCUGUGUAGGUUUGUGUAAUCUCUGUGUUAUACCUUAUGUACAGAUGCUUGUCUACUUGGAGGUAAUGCAUAUUGCUAACUGGUCUCUUACAGCUAAGUGGAAGGAAAAAAACAUCAAAGGUGUGAAUAUUCUUGAUAUGUAGGAGGCUUACAGUGUGGCUUUUGCAGCUGUUGAUCUAAGGUAAGGGUCUAGAAAGAUUUCUCUGAUGAGCUUUUCGAGCACAAACGUACAUUUGUAGAAUGAUGAUCACAAAUACUGCCUUGAAUGCAAUACGUAAUAUUUAAGGAGUACUUUAGUUUUGCAUAAAAAGCACUUUUUACAUAGGAUUGUUGAGAGGCUUGAAGUUGUUGAUUGUGGAUUCUGAAGGAGGAUGUUCCUGCUGAUAAUGGGACUGCACUAGAAGCACAAAUACAACUAAUUUAUGACACAGCUGUUCUGUGGGUGAAGUCUUGUCCAUGUGUGGGAGCACUUGUGCUGUCUUCCACUACCUGGUCAGUAUUUUAGUAGCUGGAAUGUUGAUAUCCGCUGGUAGUUUUAUUGCAAAGAGUAUGGUUGAAAAAACAGUGAAACAUUCUGCAAAGCCAGCUUCACUUUCAAGUAUUCUCUGUGUUUUGUAGUCUUAGCAAGCCAGUGCUGAUCAGGAAAGACGUGUAAAGAUGGUUUUAUUGAUGAGUGCCAAGUAAUUUCAUUUAAAGAGGUAGAUUUUUGCUCACUAAAAUCCGUGUUGAUUUUUAAGGGACUCUGAUAUGAGGAAAGUCCAGAAGUUUCUCAGUGUUAAUACUUUAGCCAAUGUUACCACUAAUAUCACUAAUAUCAUAUAAUCCUGUAAGAAUUGAAGGACUGUAAAAUGUUUGUGUGGUAUAAGGUCAUUAGUUGCUGUCACAGCACAAGUAGUAACGUAUGUAUAGAGGCUAGUGGUUGUCAAUCAUUCAUAUUAUUUCAGGUCUUACCACCUUCCUAACAUAGCUUCUCCUCUUUCAGGCUUGCAGUGAAACUGUAAUCCUGUUCUUCAGAGUAAUGGUGUUUGGUUAUAUUGCUUGAUUCAAGGUCCAGUGUUCAGACUUCCCAGAAGCACCAGAUAAAAGGAAGUGCACCAAGAGUGGAAAAGAGGCUGUUAGGAGGAUAAUAGAGAUCACAACUGGAUCAGGUAUUUCCCUGCAUAAAUAAAGAUGGGCUUAAAAUGAGAUACCAUUCAUCUAUUUUUAGUUACUCAUCAGUAGGCUUAGGCACCACAGUUGGGCACUAUGUGUAGACCUGUAGUGCUGCUGUUACCUACAUGGUGGCUAUAAGUGACAGCCUGCAGGUUGAUCUUCUUUGACACUUUCUCUCAAAGUGUAUGAAAGAGGGAGUUCUCUGGUAACUCAUUUAUGUAACAUCAGUACGUUAAUAUUUGAUUUGCCUGCAUGUUGUGGUUUCCCUGUAAAAAUACAGUCUUAAAAACUUCAAAUGGCUUUAGAAGCAGUGCAGCAAGUGAGUGAAUUCUGCAGUAUGAGAAUAGAUGAGGAUGUGUAAACUUUAAUUACAAGUUGAGAAUCUGAUAAAUACGUCUGUACCGUACCCAGCUUCUUGCAAUUCCAGUUCUGUCUGCAUUAGUGAAUCAGAAGGGUGAGACUAACCACACAAAAGGGAUCUGAAAUGUACGUUAUUGAAAUAAUCUUGCUUUCAUCUGGUUUUAAGUGAAUUUAAAAUGAGGUAUUUUUCCUUGCUGGCUGAGUCGGUACAAAUAAGUUACUUCAUGACCUUCUGAAGUGCCUGGUGCAUUACUACAUUUGGAACUAGGUUUUGUUAGUAUUUUGUCAAGUCCCUUUCAGUGUCCAGUUCAUGUAAAACCUGAAAGAUAUGUUUAGACAUACUUUAUCCUAUAGGAUGUCAAGCACUAACUGGUAGCGACUGGAAACUGGGGGCAGGGAGUGGUUCCUUAAGGCUGUUUUAUUGUACGUGCUUCCCUACUUCUAAUGUGGAAAUAGAAUUUCCUCCAAAUACAUCAUCCUGCAUAAAAGAUGAAACACUUUGUGAUGCCAAACACCUCAAACUAUGUUUGCUGCAAACAUUGCUGCCUCUUACUACACUAGUUUUAAAACUUAGUUUUUUAUCCUAUACUGUUGGUUUUUUAUGGCCUUUUUAAGAGAUUUUCCAGAAACCAUUUUCUGCUGCUUUAAAAAUGCUGUCCUUUUGGUUACAUCACUGAAACCUCAAAGAAACUGACCCAUAGUGCAUGGUGCAAGAAGCACUGUGUGGGGUAAAGCAGUAAAACGAUAAUUGGACUUUGAUUCACUGCAGAAAUGUAAGCUUAAUAGUUAAUGUUUGAUUGUGAAUUCUUAUCAUGGAGUGAUAUACUAGAAUAUUGUUUUAUAAUAAGUUCUAGCACAUGUAUCGCUGAUGUAUCACUAAAUCCUGCAAUUAAAUCUUGCCUAUAAUUGGUACAUAAUAAUGUAAAUGGUAGCCCCAAAAUUAAAUUCUACAGUUGAAGAGCACAGUGAACUAUGUAAAACACAUCUUCACCUUGUGAACUGUUUUUCUUAAAGCACUUUCCUAUUACCAACUAGCACGUGAAUGAGUUCUAGAUUCUCCCAUUUGUUAUCAUCAGUAGAAGUGAGAUUUCUUUAAUCUGUCUGGUAAUGUUUAAAUUGAUUAUACAAAUGCUGAAACAAAGCACCUUAUACUAUGCUGCUUAAAUUUGCUUGUAAUUGCACCUUUGGUUAUCUGCAGAUUUUUCUUAAGUAUUCUUAUGUGAUACCAUUGUUCCCUGUGGGUCUGAGUGAAUGAUUAACCAACCUACAAUAUAAUUUACUUACAUAGUUUCUACUUCAAUACAACAUUGUACUGUGAGUUCAGUGCUUCAGAAAUAAAUACUACUUCCAUUUG